AUACACCACGUUGUCGGUUGCUCGUGCACGAGGUCGGCCAUACUGCUAAUUCAGAUAAAUAUUAUCAGUUCAGGCACGCCAAAUGAAUCAAUAGCCUGGACUUUGGCUUCAAGUGGUUUUACUUGCCCACCACCAACAACAUGCCCAAGAAAAACUAUAGUAGCCUUGCUAAACUCGCUUUUAUUCAAAUUGACUGUCAACUUUGCUUUUGAAAGUCUACAAAAGAGCUCCUUCAUCUGGAUAACAUGCUCAUUCCAAUCAUGACUAUAAAUUACAAUAUCAUCAACAUAAGCUUGACAUCUAUGCAUUCCAGCAAUUACCCGAUUGAUCAAACGUUGGAAAGUCGCCUGAGAAUUUUUCAUUCCAAACAGGCAAACUAAAUAUUCAGAGACCAUCAGCAGUUACAAAAGCAGAAAUUUCUCUAUCUCUCAUGGUUAACGGUAUUUGCCAAUAACCCUUCAGAUGAUCAAACCUACUAGCAUAGUUAGCAUUUCCUGUUUUGUCUAUACAAUCAUCAAUUCGUGGAAUAGGAAAAGAAUCGGAUUUUGUUACAGCAUUUACUUUACGAAAAUCUGUACAAAAUCUUACACCGCCAUCAGGUUUAGGAACCAACAAACAAGGAGAACUCCAGUUACUAAAACUGGGUUGAAUAAUAUUAUUCUCAAUCAUAUAUUCAACCUAGUUUCGAAGAAGUUCCUGUUUUUGAGGACUAACUUGAUAAGCAUGUUUUAUUGGCCUUGAUUCACCAACAUCAACAUCAUGUUCAAUGACACUUGUUCGACUAGGAACAUCAGGAAAAAUACUACUGAAUUCACCAAUGAUGUUUCUAACAUCAAUUUGCUGUUUUUCACUUGAAUGUUUCAGUUUUACAUCCAAAUUCAACAACACUUUUGAAUUUAUCAAUUUUGGUUCAACUGAACUGAAAACAUCUUUUGGUUUUUCAUCCUCACUAUUUAACCCUGUUAAAGCUAUAGUGUUCGCCAUUACCUUUUCUCGGUUAUGAUAUUCUUUUAGCAUAUUUAUAUGACAAAGCUGGGUUUUCUUUUUACGAUGAGGUUUACUGAUCACAUAAUCAACAUCAUUGACCUUUUCUUUAACAACAUAAGGUCCUUGAAAUUUCCCUAGCUUUUUUGUCAAACCAGAUUUUCAUCUUGUUUUGAGUAUGCAGUAACACUUCUUGUGAUACUUCUCUAACUGUUUGCAUUUGCUCUUUCAAAUCCAUAACAUACUUCAAAGCAUUAGUUUCAUUUUUCACCUUAGAACCUAUCCAAGAUUCAUACAACAUUUGUAAUGGACCACGAAUGUUAUGCCCAUACAACAUUUCAAAUGGAGUAAAUACCAAUGAUUUAUGAUAAGUAUCCCUAACAGCAAACAACAAUAAAUGAAUUCCUUCAUCCUAAUUGUUACGUUUUUUUCCCAUACAAUACUUUCUGAUCAUUGACUUUAAAGUUCCAUGAAAUCGUUCCAAAGGACCUUGAGUUUCAGGAUAAAUAUUAUCAGUUCAGAAGAUAUAUCGUCUGCAAUGGCCGGACGGCAGGAAAUACGGUUCUCCAAGUAUGACGCACUGGGAAACGAUUUCGUUGUCAUUGAUAACCGAAACGGAUUACUUACCCUCGACUGCGACUUAAUUCUGCGCAUGUGCGACCGGAAACGGGGAAUUGGAGCCAAUGGGCUGUUAGAAGUGCGUGAUCACCCGGAGUUGGCGUACAUUAUUGUGUACUACAACUCAGAUGGAAAGGAAGGUAGACUCUGCGGAAACGGCUCUCGCUGCAGUGUGGCGUUUGCGAAACAAAUUGGAAUAGUUCUCGUCGAUGACGUAAUCACAUUCGGGGCCUGCGACGGUGAACACCAGGGCGGCUACAACAAGGGUGAUAACCAGUAUUUUAUAAGUAUGAAGGAUGUACGUGUGUCCGACAUCACCGUUUACGACAAAGACAACUACUUUCUUGACACUGGGACGAUUCAUCAUGUGCGAUACGUACGUGACUUGGCCACUUACAAUGUUUAUGAUGAAGGGAGACAACUCCGUUUUAACUAUUACAAAGACGUGGGUGGGUCGAACGUUAACUUUGUCGAAGUGACGAAAGAUGACAAAAUUCGAGCCAGAACUUACGAAAGAGGGGUGGAGGAGGAAACCCUCGCCUGUGGUACCGGUGCCACUGCAGUUGCCUUGGUAACGUGGCUGAAAAAGAAUCCACGGGUGGUACGUGCUAACACCAGUGGUAGUGUUACGGAAGAGGAAUUUACUGUUUAUAUGGAAGGCGGUAAUCUUGUCGUUUCGUUCCUGUUUAACGGUGAAGCUUUCACUCGAGUUUAUUUAAAGGGGCCUGUUACUCAUGUGUUUGAUGGUGUGUACUUCGUGUAACAUGGAUCUGGGGCCUGUUACUCGUGUUUGAUGGUGUGUACUUCGUGUAACAAGUAUCUGGGGCAUGUUACUCAUGUGUUUGAUGGUGUGUACUACUCAGAAAUUAAAACUUGCAUCGACUUAGUCUGAAGCACAUGUACAGAAACAGUUUAAAGUUUGUUUUGUUUAACGACAUCUCUAGAGCACAUUGAUUAAUUAAUCAUCGGCUAUUGGAUGUCAAACAUUUGGUAAUUCUGACUCGUAGUCAACAGUGGAUACCCACUACAAUUUUCCUAAUGCAGCAAGGGAUCUUUUAUAUAUGCACUUUCACACAUACAGGAAAACAUAUGCCACGGUUUUUGACCAGUUCUGAGUUGUGGUGCACUGGUCGGAACGAGAAAAACCCAAUCAGUUGAACGGAUCCACAAUCUGAUUAAAACUAGCUCUACUGGUCUACCAGUAGAUCUAACAGCGUUAUUUGGGAG